AGUUUGGGAGGAGGAGGAGGAGGAGGAGGAGAGGGCUCAGGUGUGGCUUUAGGACCCAGCGGCUGCCCCAUGUUGGAGUUGCAAAAACAUCUGGCAGGCCUGGAGUGGCCGGACCCCUGCGACGGAGGAGCUCUGAGGGGCAUCUGGGGUCCUCCUCCAGGCAUCUUCACCAAGUUCCUGUGCCAAGCUGAGGGAGCUCAGGCCAAGAUCUCCAUGUCCGGGGGAGAUGCAGGGGGAACUCGACCUGGCGAGGAGCCUCUGGUGCCUGGAGCCUGCUGUGGAGUGAAAAAGAAACUGUCAGGGGCAGUUCACCCUGGGCUGUGCUGGCCUGGCCCCGGGGAUCACUGGGACGAGGAGAGUGAUGCCCCCAGAGACUCCCGCGGCUGCCUCCCGACCUGCUCCUCCCUCGCUGCCGCCAGGAUGGGAGCCCUGGAGCUCUUCCUGCUGUGUCUGCCAGCAGCGCUGCUGGUGCAGGGUCAGUACAGCAGGUUUGAAGGCAUCACCUACCCCGAGCCGGUGCAGUACUCCCAGUACGACCAGCAGGCAGAAAUCCAGGAUUACUAUGACUAUCAUGAUGUCACCCCCCGGGCCCCCGAGGAGCAGUUUCGCUUCCAGUCCCAGCAGCAAUCCCAGCAAGAAAUCGUCCCAGCCCCCACCCCAGCUGCUGCCCCUGAGACUGAGCCCACGGAGCCAGGACCCCUUGACUGCAGGGAGGAGCAGUACCCCUGCACCAGGCUCUACUCCGUGCACAAGCCCUGCAAGCAGUGCCUGAACGAGAUCUGCUUCUACAGCCUGCGCAGGGUCUAUGUGAUCAACAAGGAGAUCUGCGUCCGCACCGUCUGCGCCCACGAGGAGCUGCUGCGAGCCGACCUGUGCCGGGACAAGUUCUCCAAGUGCGGGGUGAUGGCCACCAGUGGGCUCUGCCAGACCCUGGGGGCGUCCUGCGCCCGCAGCUGCGGCGGCUGCUGA